AUGGUCUCCGUCUGCGCGACGUGCAAAGGCCUGCAGAACCACCUCCACGGCCUGAAGGGCGCCCCGGACAGCGGCGCCGCAUCCUUGGUCUGGCUCAGCACCAGGCUGCCAAGGCUGAGGGCAAGUGCCAGCUCCUGUCGUGCAUGCGCCCUGCUCGUCAAUGGCAUCCUGUUGCAUCGCGCCCGCCUUGCACGCCUCGGCCAGGACGAAGACGACGACGCAGUCCGCGUGACGGCCGAGUCGUUCAAGCCCCGGCCAGACACGAGCCUCCAGGGCCAUCUCUCCGUCGAGCUGCGGUGGACGACGGCCGACGACCAGAACGACUGCCAAGACGACGAUCAUGACCACGCCGCCAGCCAGCCAGACCUCAAGCUCGAGUUCUUCACAGACGGAGAAGGACAGACGCCCUUCUCUGCCAUUGGAAGAGGACGGCAACUAGCAGAGAACCCACUGCAAAACCCUGGUCUAGCGACAGCACGCGGCUUGAUCAACAACUGCUUGGAAAGCCACGCCACAUGUAGCCGCAGAGGUAACUCCACAACGCUCCCCAAACGCAUCCUAGACGUGUCGGCAGGCCAAGACCCCCACAGUCUGCGCCUGCACGAAAGUGACUAUGUCCAAGAUGAAAGGAGGUAUCAGUACGGCGAGUAUGUUGCCUUGAGCCAUGUUUGGGGUACCGGCGACGGCAUACCCAAAACGACCUUGGAAACGCUAGAGGCCCACAAGAAGAGCGUUCCAUGGUCCACCCUACCGACACUGUACCAAGAAGCAAUCUUUCUCACCCGAGCACUGGGUUUCCGAUGGCUCUUCAUCGACAGCCUAUGUCUAGUGCAGGACGAUGUCCACGAGAAGCUGGAGGAUUCGCUCAAAAUGGAUGAGAUUUUUGGAGACGCCUUCCUGACCAUUGCUGCAACUUCCGCAUCCGACAGCAGCAGCCAAUCACUAUUUCCUCACAAAACCCCGCCGUGCAAGAUCCAAGCAGCCGAUGGCAAAGGCACCCUGCAUAAGGUUACCGUAAGAGAGCAACCCAGCCACUACAGCUUCAAAGCGCCUUUCAAUGGCAACGCACAUAUGAAUGAGUGUGAACUGCCCUUCAACGUUACCGAAGAGGCAAAUGCGCACACGCCUCUCCUAAUGCGCGCUUGGCCUUUUACCGAACGCCUCCUAUCCACGCGAGUACUUCAUUUCACAAAAAGCGAGAUGAUACUCGAAUGCCGCGAAGGCUACCAGUGCGAGUGCGGCCGUAUCGAGGACAGCACAUUUGACUCGCGCCCUACUGAUCAGCUCAAGCAAGAAUUUGGCAAGCUGAUUGCCGACACGCUGAACCGACCACAGCAAGCCAAUGGAAACGGCAACGCCGGCCAUAAUCGGAUGGAUAGCGUCACCCAUCAACUAGCCUCGACAAACCUCACAAAUGGCGCACACCAAGAACUGCUGCGGAAGCGCGAGGAAGCGCUCCAACUCUGGUCUUGCAUCAUAACAGAAUACACGGCACGGCACCUGACAUACGACAGCGAUCGCCUCAUUGCAGUGGCAAGCAUCGCGAAAGCACUCUCGCCAACAUUGCAGUCAGGAUAUAUCGCUGGACAGUGGACAUUUAGUACCCUGGGUCUUCUAUGGUAUCCCAGCGAUAGCUCACGCUGCCGACGUCCUCGACUCGCCCAAGGACAGAUUGUACCAAGCUGGUCUUGGGCAUCUGUUGAAGGCGCCCCCAUCUUCUUCGACAAUGCAAGCGCAAUGGACCUCGCAUGCAGGGCUUCGUUCGGCCCAAAGGGGAAACGCGCAAGUGCAUGGUCGCCAAUCAUGGGCGAGCCGCUUGAGUUGUCUGGCGCCAUGGCAACAGAAGUCACAUUUCGCACAUGCACGAAGCCCUCGUCACGGCAAUCUUACAUGCUGGCCAAGAAUGGCAUGGCAGUCGAUUUCACGCCAGAUGUUGUACCGCCCUGUGGCGAAGAUGCGCUACAGGAUGGAGAAACGCUCAUCUGUGUCCUCGUCAGCAUGACCUUUCGCUCCUCGAUUGUCGGCAUAGUGCUGAAGCCAUCACCAUCAGGCAACAACACAUAUUGCCGCGUUGGCCGCCUCGAAUGCUACGAGUGCACGCCCGAAGGCAUCGAUCAGGAAAUGAGCGAGGACGGCGAAGCGCUGUUUGAGCAUUGGUUUCCCGAGAUCCAGGAUAUGAUGCAAUUGGACAACUAUCCCCAGCAUACCUUUACUGUGAUUUGAAGCCUGUCAUUAUUCCUUGGCAAGUGUCUUUUGAAAGGAGUUUGGAGAGAUUGUUUGUAUGAGGAUGACGACAGUGUAGUAGCACCCAUUUUUUUUCCUCUCUUCU